AUGGUCACCCCAUGGGUUUUUAACUUAUCCUCAGAUGAAAACGACGAACACAACUCGCCGACGUAUUCAACGACGUCGUCUUCAUCCUCAUCCAUCGGGAACAACAGCGACGACUCGUGGUGCGACAGUGACUCAUCAGACGGUGAUAACGGAGAGGAAAAUGAAGUGCAAAGUGUUUACAAACACAAACAAAUUAACUUAGAGGAGGCCUUACCGAUCAAGAGAGGAAUUUCAGAGUCCUACAAUGGCAGAUCUAAAUCUUUUGCUUGUGUAACGGAUGCUGCUUCGUAUUCCUCCAUUAAAGAGAUUGCGAAGCCUGAUAAUGCUUAUAUCAGGAAACGACGGAAUCUUCUUGCGUUUCACUUGAGCCGUCACCGGAAGGUUGGGAUCUCUAAGAAACCGAUCGUCGGUGCCGGACUUAGUCGAUCGGAGAGCGUUUGUAGUUCAAAUUCAAAUUCAAGCUCAGUUUCUACUUCUUUUUAUUCAAAAUUGAACCGUUCUUCUUCGCGUUUGCGUUCAAGUGUAUCUCAUAACGAUCUACUUUUACUAUCGUCGUCUCCGUGUCUUUCAAUUAAAAAAUCAAUUUCUUUACCUGAUUUAGGAUUACAGUUUUGA